CAAGAGUCCGCCCCGCCCCCUGCCUGGCCCGGCUGGGGAACUGGGCCGGGAGGGGGCAGCGGGGCUCCCAGGCACGUGGGUCUCUGCGGCGGCGGCUGGACGCGGGCACUAGCACCCGGGAGCGGCGGCGACGGCACCCGGGCGGAGGAGCGCAGCGCAGUGAGGAGAGGUGGGGCGCCUAGAGGGAACAGGGCGCAGGGAGAGGUCCGCUGGAGAGGCCCCGGGACAAGCGGGCCAGACUGGCGCAGGUGGCGACUGGGCGCGGGGCAGAGGAGAGUGCUGUGGAGCCGCUGCCGCCCCGGCCACCGUUGCGAGCCGGAGUGCAGCGCAUAACUGGACGGCUUGAGCGCGCCUAUGGGAAACCACAUGACUGCAGUAUGAAAGUGGCAGGGGUGGAGGCACGGAGGCCAGUGAGGAGGCUGGUGCUGUGGGCUGUGGGAGCACGGGCCUCAGGCUGCAGCGCAGGGACCGUGUGGUGCAUGUCAGAGGAACUUCACUGGUUGAACUGAUAGAACUUGGAGCCUCUUGGGGCAGCAGCACGGCCUGCCCAGAAAAAUGUUGGAGGCUGGGCGUGGCCCCAGGCCUGGGGACCUGUUUUUCCUGUUUCCUGCAGAGUUCCCUGCAGCCCGGUCCAGGCGUGUGCAUUCAUGAGUGAGGAAUCCGAGCAGGCACUGAGCAUCCUGACCUGGAGAGCAGGGGCUGGUCAGGGCGAUGGCAGCAGACCUGGACCCCUGGAAUGGCACCAUCAAUGGCACCUGGGAUGGGGAUGAGCUGGGCUACCGGUGCCACUUCAACGAGGACUUCAAGUACGUGCUGCUGCCUGUGUCCUACGGCGUCGUGUGCGUGCUUGGGCUGUGUCUGAACGCUGUGGCACUCUACAUCUUUUUGUGCCGCCUCAAGACCUGGAAUGCCUCCACUACGUACAUGUUCCACCUGGCUGUGUCUGAUGCACUGUAUGCGGCCUCCCUGCCGCUGCUGGUCUAUUACUACGCCCACGGUGACCACUGGCCCUUCAGCAGGGUGCUCUGCAAGCUGGUUCGCUUUCUCUUCUACACCAACCUUUACUGCAGCAUCCUCUUCCUCACCUGCAUCAGCGUGCACCGGUGCCUGGGAGUCUUACGCCCUCUGCGCUCCCUGCGCUGGGGCCAGGCCCGCUAUGCUCGCCGGGUGGCUGCGGGAGUGUGGGUGUUGGUGCUGGCUUGCCAGGCCCCCGUGCUCUACUUUGUCACCACCAGCGCUCGAGGAGGCCGUGUGACCUGCCACGACACCUCGGCGCCCGAGUUCUUCAGCCGCUUCGUGGCCUACAGCUCAGUCAUGCUGGGCCUGCUCUUCGCGGUGCCCUUUGCCGUCAUCCUUGUCUGUUACGUGCUCAUGGCUCGGCGGCUGCUAAAGCCAGCCUACGGGAGCACGGGCGGCCUGCCUCGGGCCAAGCGCAAGUCCGUGCGCACCAUCGCCGUGGUGCUGGCUGUCUUCGCCCUCUGCUUCCUGCCCUUCCACGUCACCCGCACCCUCUACUACUCCUUCCGCUCUCUAGACCUCAGCUGCCACACCCUCAACGCCAUCAACAUGGCCUACAAGGUCACCCGGCCACUAGCCAGUGCCAACAGUUGCCUUGACCCCGUGCUCUACUUCCUGGCUGGGCAGAGGCUCGUCCGUUUUGCCCGAGAUACCAAACCACCCACUGGCCCCAGCGCCGCCACCCCGGCUCGCCGCAGGCUGGGUCUGCGCAGAUCCGACAGAACUGACAUGCAGAGGAUAGAAGAUGUGUUGGGAAGCAGUGAGCACUCCAGGCAGACAGAGUCCACGCCGGCUGGUAGCGAGAACGCUAAGGACAUUCGGCUGUAGGAGCGGAACACUUCCGGCCUACGCAGGUUUAUAUUGAGAAGCUGUAGGGGACCAGGAAUUGUGCAGAGGGCACGGUCUCCCCAGAUAUGGACCAUCAGUGACUCAUGCUGGAUGACCAAGGAAGCCAUGACCCCAUGCGCUGUCAUUUGGCAGGGCAUCAGGAUAUUCUCCAGAGUCAGCUGUUCCCAUAACCCCUAGUCAUCAUUUGUGUGUAUGAGUUGGGGUAAUUAAGCUUCAAGAAAGGUGAGAGCUGAAGGUCAGUGACACCCCUGGCCUGACUCCCACACAAAUAGCUGGCUGUACUGCCAAGGUACCUAGGUAGGAUUUCAGCCUAAUCAAGUCAAAUGAAGAAACAGGUCCAGAGAGGAAGGUGGCUUACCAAGGUCACAUACCAGAGUCUGGAGCUGAGAUACCUGGGGUGGGGGCCAAGUCACAGGUUGGCCAGAAAACCCUGGUAAAUAGAGAGGGCUGAGUUCGAACAGUGGUGUGGAAUGAACUGGGUGCCACGGUGGACUCAGCUCUGAGGAGUACCCCCAGCCCAAGAGAUGAACAUCUGGGGACUAAUGUCAUAGACCCAUCUGGAGGCUCCCAUGGGCUGGGAGCCAGUGUGAGGCUGUCACUUAUACUAAAGAUUGUGUUGCCUGCUGA